AUGGUUAGAUUGAAAAGUAGGUACGUUUUAUUUGAGGUGAUAUAUCCUCCAAAGGAAUUGUCGUCAAAGGGUUCUUUGGAAAAUCCAAUAUUAUUAGGUCAUAAAUCUUCACCUGAAGUAAUCUCAGGGAAAUUAAUCUUGCAAGAGAUACGACGUUCUUUACAAUUGCAUCUAGGAGACUACGGUUAUGGGAAAGUUAACUCUUUAUUACAAUUGAAAUAUUUCUCUAAUAAUACCUCAACUGGUAUACUACGAUGUCAUCGCGAAGAUGUAGAUUUAUUAUUAGUUGCUUUGUUUUAUAUCAAUAGAUUGAAUAAUAAUGACAAUGAUAUUAAUUUUAUAAUCAAUCCAGUUAAGAUUAGUGGAACAAUUAAAAAAAUUGAACAAUAUGCAAUGGUUAGAAGUAAUAGAUUAUUAGAAUCAUUAAAAAAAAAAAAUACUAAUAAAGAUAAAUUUAAAGUCUUCCUUUCAAAUGAUUUUCAAAAUGUACGUGAGGACCACGAUAACGAUAAUAUCGAGUAA